AUGCAGUGCACAAUGCUCUGCCAUCGCGCCCUUCUCUUUCUCUUCGCUGUAAACGUGCCAAUCGUGACGGGGCUCGAGCCAGACUUCGAAUACCCGUUGGAGAACGUAACGAUCCCGCAGGGUCGAGACGCUACCUUCACCUGCGUGGUGAACAACCUCGGUGGAUACCGGGUGAGUCCUUCCUCCUCCGCGAGCGGAGAUCACUCUGGCGGCGCCAAGGCCCGGGUGGCGUGGAUCAAGGCGGACACCAAGGCGAUCCUGGCGAUCCAGGAGCACGUGAUCACGAACAACGCGCGUUUAUCAGUAACGCACAGCGACUACAACACGUGGACAUUGAACAUCCACGGUGUGCGCAGGGAAGAUCGAGGCAUUUAUAUGUGUCAGGUCAACACGAAUCCUAUGAAGAGUCAGAGCGCGUUCUUAGAAGUGGUGAUACCGCCGGAUAUAAUAUCGGAGGAAACCUCGAACGAUCUAAUGGUACCCGAGGGCGCAGCCGCCAAAUUGGUGUGCAAGGCUCGCGGAUAUCCAAAACCUGAAAUCACUUGGAAACGAGAAGACGGCGCCGAAAUUAUUUCCCGCGAUGGUCUUUCUGGUGGAAAAACGAAACUGGCUAACGCCCAAGGGGAAACGCUGACUCUGUCGAAAGUAACCAGGAGCGAGAUGGGCGCCUACCUAUGCAUCGCAAGUAACGGAGUACCACCAUCAGUCAGCAAACGGAUGAUGCUGCACGUGCACUUUUACCCGAUGGUUCAGGUACCGAACCAGCUACUUAGCGCACCAACUGGAACCAACGUAACGCUGGUUUGCAACGUUGAAGCUUCCCCGAAGGCCAUUAAUUAUUGGACACGCGAAUCAGGUGAAAUGAUUAUUAGCAACAACAAAUACGCGAUAUCCGAAAUGAAGAUGUCGGUGUACAGUGUGCAGAUGCAGUUAGUCAUCAUGAACUUACAGAAACAGGACCUCGGUGGCUACAAAUGUAAUUCGAAGAACUCGAUCGGCGGUGCCGAGGGCAACAUUCGACUUUAUGACAUAGACCUGCCGGAGCACUCGAAGAAAGUCGGUGAUCGGCGCGGGGAGGACGAUCUCAGCGACUCGAUUGGCGAUCGCGAUCACAGACUGAAUCACGUGUACCAGGGCUCCCUGCGGGAAACGGGCUCGACCCUGGAGCCGUUCUUCGACGGCGACGCCAUAUCCGCGUCCUCCGACGAGAUCCUACCGCCCGCCACCUGUAUCCUUCUGAUAGCAUCUUGCCACCUGUUCGCUCUCACGUAAACAAUGUUCAUCUAUAGUAGAGGGAAGAAGCAACGCGUUCAAUUCAACAACGGCGGUCAACGAUUCGGUCUCUUUCUUUCGAUUCUAUCAUCUCGAUAAUCAUGGAUCGCUUUCGUCUGCGUUAAGCAGUCCACCAGGACAAGAGAGGAACCAAUUUCAUUCGAUCGAGAAACACGCUGAUCACUGGAUUACGGGUGUUCACGAAUUCGUUCCGUAAUUUCGAUAUAAAUAAUUCGUUACGUGAUUUUGUUAUACAUUGAUCAAAUUUUUAACUCUUUGCAAUCUUUGCAAGAAUAUAUGACGUGGAUCGUUCUACUUUUGGGCGCAGAUUGAGAGAUGUGGAGUUAAUUAAUUACUAUCAUUAAUUAUUAAACAAUUAGUGUUUAAUAAUUAACUAUUAAUUAACAAGUUGUCAUAUUUUGAUGAUGAUAUUUUUUAAUACAGUUUGUUGUAACGUAUCGAAAUAUUAUGAUGUUAUAAUAGUUGAGACAUGAAUGUUUAUGGAUUUGUAGUAAUUAUUUUAUAAGUUAUGAUGAUCGCAGCGUUGCAACAUUUCAUGAAAUUUACCUCUUAUUAAGAAUUUAAGUUUCUGUCGGAUAAUGUCUGUGAGAAAUAUAAUUAUUGAAACUGAUAAUUGCAUAAACAUACGCAGUUUAAUUGUAUACAGUAACGACGUUUCACUAAAUAUAUCUUAGUCUUCGAUUGUAAAGAGUUAAUAUUGUUUUGAAUGUAUUAACGUUCUUUGUAAAAAAAGUAAUUAUGUAUCUAAUAUCGAUACUUUGAAAUUUAUUUCGUAAACUGGAGGUCGCUGGACAUCCGAAGUCCACUGAUCACUAAUAUUUUUAUUCUGUCGCACCAUUCCAUCGAUGAUACUCUACCACAUCUGCGAACGUAUUCCUGAAAGAGAUUCGAUCCCAAUUGGUUCGGUUCGAAGAAUUUUGACGGUAAGUAAUUUAAUUUAAUUUGAAAAUAUGUUAGUAAAUAUUAUAUUUAGUAAAUAUGGAAGAAGUAAUACAAAAAUUUCUACAGAAUUUCGUUCUUUCUUACAGCAAAAGAUUUUAUUUUAUUUAAAGUAACCAACAACGCAAUUAUAUUUGCUCCAUCUUAAUUUCUACUACUUGAAAUAUUUGAUACUUUAUCUAAUUACGGCUGAUAUAAUUAUUGUAAACCAUACGGUCGUUAGAUAUUCUUUAUCCAAAUAUACAACAAAACAAAUUGGUCCAUUCGUAAGUACAAAUAUAAUUGCAAACUAAACGAAAACUUCAGCAAAAAAAAGGCUCAUGGAAUAAUUUAAUAAUUUACAAGUAUCUUCGUUGCGCUAAGUGCAAUGAAUUUAUAAGUGGGAUGUGCUAUAAAUUCUCCAUACACAUAUAUACACAUACAUAUACGGUGGCUAAAUAAUAAUGAAUUGAAAUCCUUCUUGUUGCCGGAGUAAGCACUUUUUCCGCCAAUUAAGAAGACGCGUCUCGUUACAGCAAUUCCACCAUCCACCUGUUACUCGGUAAUUUACCUGACCUGUGUGGACAGGUCUCCACUUUAAUGUAGCACCACUUGCAUUUGACAAAAGAAUGAGAAUAGCAGAAACUUUUGAAAGUGCUUUCGAAUGUAUUCAGGGAAUCGAGAUGCCAAACUUCGUACAUCUGUGGUAAAGUAAAAGUACGAAUGACUAUGUAGUCAUGGCUAUGAGUAUAGUAUAUUUAUAUUACAAAUGUAAAUGUAAAAUAUAAACAUUAAUAUAAAUAUUUAUAUUAAAUAUUGUACAUUAAAUAUUGAAUAUUUAUAUUUACAACACUUUAAUUGAUUAGUUAUUGGUACAUUUAACUUACUCGUUAAAACGAAUUAGAAGGUGUUAAUAAAAGUAUGUCACUUAUUAAGUAUGAGAAGGAAAUUUAUGUUUCACAUUUUAUGAACAGUAAUAGUCUAGGUUUAAAGAAUAAUUAGAAUAAUAUAGUUAUUUUAAAUUGACAAACAUUUCUGGAUAUUGUAAUUUAUUUAUGUAUACUGUCGACAGCUUUUUCAUAAUACGUUUACGUAAAAGUUAUAUCAUAGAUAAAUAUAUAAAGCAUUAUCUAUUUUUUCCAAUAUUAAUGUCAUUCAUCUUAAGUUACCUAUCGUAAGUGUUUAAACUAAAAAUAUUAUCUGAAUGAGUAAUUCAAAUCAAGAUUAUGAAAGGUUAUAGUUCAACUUUUCAUACUUUGAACAUUUUUCAAUAAAAUCAACUGUCAACUCCGACCACGUUUAUAGUAAAACUUUCGAAAACCAAAUUUUCUUUCAAAAAGAAUAUUUUCUAUACACUUUUACACUCCUAUAAAGCAUUUCGAUUCGUUUAACAAUUUGUUUCAUUCCAAUAAAACUGAAAAUAGAAUUUCAUAAAAUCACAUUAAAAAAAUUACGAGGUACAUUGAUAAAUAUCCCCGCAAUGGAAUCAACGGAACACAAAAGUACUUACAAGAGUAUAAAUCUUUUCUGGACGAGAAGUUUUCAAGCUUCUGAAAACUUUUCCCAUAAAGAGCUGAAUUAUGCAUCGAAGUCUUAAAUACCAGAGAAGAAGAAAAUCACAUAUGAAUCUUCCAUUAUUCAAAUCAUUAAAUUAUUCAUUUGCACCUUUCGAUUUUAAAUAUCGAAGCACGAAAUCGUCGUUACCUCUCAAAGGGAUAAUACAGCUUGCAUGAGAAGUACCACAAAAAAGCUGAAUAAAUACUUCAACAUUGUGGUAAAAAAUAUUAUCAUUAACAAAAUUGC